ACAUGGACAGGGGCUCCUAAUAUGUAAAGAGCGAUAUAAGAGGGACUGUGGGAACACACAUGCAAAGACGAGGAGCACAUAUGAGCACAUUAAGAAAUACUGGAGAACAUCUCACUUAUUAGCAUAUGUAGUUAAUCUAGCUACAGUUUGUUUGACUUUUGGAGUACACAUUGAUCCAGUGGCCAAAAUGGCGAUAGCAGCGUUGGAGUUGAUGGGCUUCUUUUUGGGUAUCUUUGGCAUGUUCGGGACCCUGGUAGCCACUCUUUUGCCAUACUGGGCAACCUCAGCGCACAUUGGUGCUAAUAUUGUGACUGCAGUAGAAAACGUGAAAGGUCUGUGGAUGGAAUGUGUCCAUCAGAGCACUGGAGCCUUCCAGUGUGAGACUUACAACAGCAUUCUGGGGCUCACGGCUGAUCUACAAGCAGCCAGAGCUAUGAUGGUCAUCUCCUUAAUGUUUUCAGUCAUGGCACUCGCCGUGUCCACCAUCGGCAUGCAGUGCACUGUCUGUAUGGAUGGAUCCUCGGUCAAGAGCAAGGUGGCUGGUGUAGGUGGCUCACUGUUUCUCCUGGCAGGGCUCUUGUCUUUGAUCCCGGUGUCUUGGAAGACCCAUGAGGUAGUGCAAACAUUCUACACCAACAACAUACCUCCCAGUCUGAAGUUUGAGAUAGGCAACUGCCUAUAUGUGGGGCUGGCUUCUUCUCUCAUGUCCAUGUUAGGUGGAGGGCUGUUGAGUGCAUCCUGUUGCGAUGACUUAGAUGGUGGUAGGGGAACCAGGCGACAAUACCCAUACCCUGACCGCACUGGGUUCGGGAUGUCACGUGGAGCGACCCAUUCAAUGCCCUACCAUCCACCCAUUCUGCAAUCUGCCGCAAACCACAACGUUGCCAACAAGAGUCAGACGCUUAACAGCCAAACCAGCACCAGUACCCAUUCUGCCAUGCCAGCACCAGCCCAUGAUUCCAGGAAAUCAACUAGGCAGAAUACAGCUGCUGGGUAUGACGUCACAGGCUAUGUCUGAGGAUUUGUGUUAUACUUUUGGUUUGUACCAUUUCUCCUAAAAGGGCCAUUGUGAUUAAUCCUUGGACCAUGUAAAGACUCUUAUAAUAGGCAAGAUUAAUCCUAAAUUGGAUUAAGGCACAAGCAGAAUGGAUACAUUGCCAAAGAAAGAGCAAAUGCAACUAAUUGAACUGAUAAGAGAGGCACACAAAGGUGCUUUUGGAUUAUUUCAUCACAUGGACGAAAAAUACAUGAAAUGCUGGUCUUUUUUUGUGUGUGCUGGAGGUUAAAUAAUUUAAAAUAUAUAUCAAGAUGCUUUUUAGAGAAAAACCAAUCAAUAUGUAUCGACGAAACUAUACGCCUGUGCCCUUGUAAAGAGAUAUUUUGUCCUCUUUGCAAACAUGCAGAGCUAAUAUUUCACAAUGACCUCUUUAGCUACAGUGGGUCAGUCCUUGAGAACUGUGAGCUAAAAGUGCACUCAAACAUAUUAAAUAUUUUUGAUUCACAUUUAUUUUUUAAGGUUUUUGUAUGACUGUUACACAUAAAAGUUCAAGAUGUUAAUAACAGAACUUUUCUCUUUGUCAACCUUAACAAAUCAAUGUGUACACGUAAUUAAGCACACAAUUAUCAUAUUCAGUAUAUUAAUAAAGAUGGGGGAUGUUCAGCAGUCUGUAGCAAAAACCUCUCUUUCAUUUCUUUACACAUAGACCUUGGAAAGCUCUUAUUAUUGUUCCCAAAUGCUUUUAAUACUGCAGUUUUCUCAUAUCAACCACAAAGCCCUGCAGACACCAUAUCAACAAUAAACAUCUCUGCAUUGGUACGUCACAGAUAUUCUCAGUGCUGCAAUGUUCCCUGCUUAUUAGCACAUUCAAAUGUUAUGUAUAACAGUAUGUUAAAGGGAUUGUUUACUUUCUUCCGUGAAACACGAGGAAACAUUUUGAAGAAUGUUGCUGCUGCUCUCACAUAUAAUGGAAGUGAAUGGUGACUAAGACUAACAAUCUACCUAUUCUGUAUCUCUUUUAACUUUCAUGAAAGAAAGAAAGAAAGAAAGACAUACAGGUUUGGAACAUGAGUGUGAAUAAAUGAUGACCAAAUUUUCAUUUUCUUUCCUUUUUUUUUGUUGUUGUUGUAAUUAAAUGUAUUUUAUUGAUUCCUACAGUAAAUAAAG